ACUACAGUACUGCAUCUUUAAGCACUAUGCCAAUAUCCUGUGUUAACUGAACCCUGAGCAUGAGGCUAUUCCCAUUUUAGAUCUACUGCCCUUUUUGUCAGCAGAAUGUCUUGAUAUUUUGGCCUGUAAUUAUUAAUUAACCUUUCCUGGUAAUUUCCAUUGAGAUCAGGUGAACUGUUUUUAUGGAGAAAUCAAGACUGCAGAUUGAAUUUACACAUCUUUAACUUCUACACUAUCUUCGACGCAUCAUGCAUGCACAACAGUUCAUUUUUAAGGUGCGAUCUACCAUAGAUAUUAGAGUAAAUUAUCAUUUACUCCAAUAUCUAUGGAUCUACUAAAGAAUUUAGAUACUAGAAACGGACCUGGAUAUGAAACAGGAAGUAGACUACCAGGUAUAUGUAUAUGUAGUAGGUACAUGCAAACUGACACAAGUGUUAUGACCACAACACCCACGUAAGUUCUACAAUGAUAUGAACGAUAGCUGGACCACGCCUACACACCAUGUCAGAACAAAACGGUAUUUAUAAAGGGAGGGCUAGGCACUCCACUCCACUAGUAGGAGGGUCACUCUACCUCUGGGCAGGGGCACAGAUUGAUUUACCUAGAACACUUGCUCGAUUUCAUGAUUCACAUCAAAGGAGGAAACUGGUCUCAGCAGUCGAGAAAUUUACUCUUUCAACAGGUCGCUGGUCCUCUCACCUAACAAGAGGCACUCCUCCAUUAGGAGUGGUGGGCUACUACUGUACCACCUUUCGUUCUAAUAUUUAUUAUUAUGGUGGCUUUUGUGGUCAUGAUACUUGUUUCCACAACAGUUUAAGUGUACUAAAUACACUGACCAUGAGCUGGACUCAGUUGCAUCCUAAUGAUGAGUCCAUGAUGAAGAAAGCCUAUGGUGGAAUGCUAUCACUGGAACUUGAUGAAACUGACUAUCUUUUCAUAGUCGGAGGGACAGGUCCUACACCAGCUGUCAGACAUCCUCAGUUUCAAUAUGAGCAGCUUGAGGAUGGUGUAGCUCGUACUAAUGAACAGUUACUUUAUAAUCUAUCUAAUGGUGAGUUUCAUAUAAAAUAAUAAAAUUUUUAUUUU